CCGGCAGUUAGUUGAGAGAAUUCGUUAAGUAAAGACGCUUUUAACGCUUACAAAAAAAAGUGAGUGAAUAAUUUAGAGAAAAAAAUUAAAACGAAGAAAACAAAUUAGUAAAAUUAAGAAAAAGUUUUAAUGUUAAUUGAAAUUGAAAGAAAAUAUUACAGAGAGCAAUAGGAGCUCCUAACUAAAAAAAACUAUUUGAAAGAAACUAAUAAAAGUUGUUAAUAAUUCUAGUGAAACAGUUUUUUAAUCAGUGUUAAUUAAUUUGUGAUUUUUUUAUGUUAAUGUAAUUCCUCUCUGCAAAACCACCAUACUAUCAACAUCCCCCCCAAAAACACACAUACAUACACAAUGUGCCUUUCAACACCCACGACAUCGGCAAAUGGUAACAAUACCUCAACAGCAUGUUCGUCUAGUCCAUGUACCGCAGCCAAUAAUGAUGCCACCACCAAUGGUGAUGUCUCUGCGUGUGGUACAAAUCUAAAACAACAAACACAAUUAGAUUGCAAUGGCAAUACUAAAACAACCACAGUCAACAAUAAUAGUAUUAAACAACGUAAAGUAACAACAGUUGAUGCACAAAAUGAUACAACAGCCAAAGAUUUAGUUGAUAAUUUAGGUUAUAAGGAAGAGAAUGCUGUGUACAAAGAAAUAGCAGCCGCCAAAGAGGUGCUACAGCAGCAAAAGCAAGUGGAAGAGCCUGAAAAGGAAUUUAAAGCAAAAAUAAGAUGGCCAGAUUUAGCAGCACAAUUAUUACAUGUCGGUGGUCUGUAUGGUUUCUAUCUGCUGUUCUCCGCUAAGUUUUAUACGUUUUUAUGGGUUGUCUUUACCAUAUGGGGUUCGGGUAUUGGCAUCACAGCCGGAGCACAUCGUCUGUGGUCACACAAAUCCUAUAACGCUUCAUUACCUCUACGUAUCUUAUUAAUAUUUUUAUUCACCAUUGCGGGACAGCGUGAUGCCUAUACUUGGGCUUUAGAUCACAGAAUUCAUCACAAAUUUUCGGAGACUGAAGCCGAUCCUCACAAUGCCAAGAGAGGUUUCUUUUUUGCUCACGUUGGUUGGCUUUUCCUGACCGCCCACCCCAAGGUGGAGGAAAAACGUAAAGUUAUAGAUAUGUCCGAUUUGGAAAAUGAUGGUGUGGUGAUGUUCCAACGUAAAUGGUUUAUACCCUUAUUUGCCGUUUGUUCAAUUGCUCUACCUGUUUUGGUGCCCUGGUAUUUCUGGAAUGAAUGUUUGUGGAGUUCCUUCUGGAUUAAUUUCAAUAUGAGAUUUACGUCCACUUUGAACGUGGCCUUCUUUGUGAAUAGUGUAGCUCAUAUGUGGGGCAAGAAGCCAUAUGACAAGAACAUUAGCCCAGUUGAAAGCCCCAUUGUUUCGUUUUUGGCUUUGGGUGAAGGUUGGCACAACUAUCACCAUGUAUUCCCCUGGGAUUAUAAAACUGGUGAAUUUGGCAACUAUAAAUUGAAUGUUACUACCGGUUUUAUUGAUUUAUGUGCUCGUUUAGGUUUGGCCACAGGACGUAAAUUUGUCUCUCCCGAUAUGAUCAAAAGACGUGCCUUAAAAUGUGGUGAUGGUACUCGUUUCCUUAGCGAUGACUAUGCCCACAAAGAUCAAGUCUGGGGCUAUGGCGACAAGGACUUGCCACAAGAAGAUUUACAAGAGCUACAGAAAAUGAAAUCUUAAUUUCUGUUCUACUUAUUGUAUUUAAUGAACUAGUGAUUAUUUAAUUUAAAUUGUUGUUAAGUUUUAUAGAUUUCGUAAGUGUGUGUUUAUAAAGUUGAGUAAAAAAAAA